AUGCUUCUUUGAAUUAUCAGCCCUUGGAUCUGUCAGAAGCUGGGCCCGUUCAGAUCUAAGGAGAUCUGUCAGGCCUUUAGACUGUACAUGGCUAUGAAUAUCUCCACGCAGCUGACGAGUCUCCGGGGGAAACGUCAGCACAAUGAGACGGAUUGUAAAAUAAAUAGAGACGCUAAGCAGGGAGUGUAAAGUGGAUAGCACUUGGCUGCCUCUUAGUUCCUGUAACUCAACCCUUUGAAGUGUAGGGUUUGUUUUUUCAGAAUUCUGAGUCAGUGUUCUAGAACUCUUCAGUUUCAGUUUAACUCUGCUUUCAGUUACCAGCAUUAGAAUGUUCAGUUAACCACAUUCUAAUUGCAUAUUUGUGACGCUUUAAAGGUCUAAGCUACUUCCAGUCCUUCCUCUAUGAGACAGUUGGAGAAACAGUGACUUGCAGUAUAUGACAGGUAUCUCUGCCGACACAUUAAAACCGGAAAGUGCAUUAACCGUACCAGGUUUAGCCGGUUUCUUGAUAGGGAAAAUCUUAUUUAUUAGCUGGCGUCAGUGCUCCAGACACGCGUGUUGCUUUGAGAUUAGCUCACAGGCGACUGUAAUUUUGUGGAAACAUUUUGCCGUGUGAAACACGCAUUCUGAGAAGCUGCACCAGCAAUUCGGUCGCACGAUUCAUGGGUAUUUACACGCAGAGCUGAUGGACUGACGGGUUUAUCACCGCGGAUUAAUUUUGCAUUUCCCCCAGUCUGUGCCUACAGCAGUAGACACACCCUGUCAGAUACCUGCCAAACUCGGUAACCCCGGGGGGGAGAUGUCACCGCAGUUUAAUCUGCUCCGAAGGCGCUUUCACAGGCUGUCUGACGGAAGCUAUGGUUUUUAAAUUAUUAUUUCUUUUACUUCAUUAAAAACAAAAAUGUUUAAAAAAAAACAAUUACAAAAAAAACAAUACCUCUUGGCUAUCAUCUUGUCUGCUAAUUGUGAUCAAAUUAGCCCCGUUAAUGAGCUUAAUUUGUCAUUCAGCCCACCGUAGCUGCUGCGCGUAAUUCGGUGCACGGGCUUGGCAAGGCUUCAGUGAACGCUCUAUUAUUUGUUUAACAGAAUGAAGUCGCUGCCUGCACGUGCACUUCUUGCCGUAGCAAAAUGGCAAACGGUGGCAAGAUUCAUAUCCGCGUGUGUGCACACUCUGUGUGCCUGUUAGCUUUUCUAAAGGAAGUAAAUCUGGGCAGUACCAGCUUCUGUAAUGGUUAAUCAUUAGAAAUAUUAUCUUUAUGGUUUUACUUGUUUUUGUGCGAUUACUGUACUGCUAUCUCUACUCCAAUGAAAUGACACCUUCAUAGGUUUAAAUUGCGUGCACUUGGUAUUCAGAACAGACAUGUUCAAGGAACUUAUGCGCUGAAGUUUUCAGAAGGGAUGUUAUUGAUCCCCUUCAUUUGGCUAAUUUGUAGAAUACUGUAUUGUGGGAAUCCAGUGGUAGUUGAAACCUCAACUAUGUGCUAUUAUUUGUUAACAUCAUCUUUAUAUUAAGUAUUUAUUGUACAGUGUUUGGCUGUCAUACGUACUGGUGGUUAUUUAUUUUCCCAAAAUGAUAUUGUUGAUCUUUUUUUUUUGUUCUCUUUUCAUCAAUAGUACUAGCCUAUAUGAAAGCGUCACAAAAACAUGCAUAGUGUUAUCGCCCUCAUGUGGACCAAGCUGGAACUAGAUAUUAAUCUAAAAAUGCUUUCUCGUUCUUGAGGAUCACUUGUUCAUAACACAUGCAUUGUUUUGCUUCCUUCUUCAAAUGGACUUACUGAAUUGUUUUGGUAAAGUGUAUCAAAAUAUUUGUCAAAUGAGAGCUUAAUUGAAAUCAGUGUUUUUUUUUGUUUGUUUUUUUUUUUUUACGCCUUCUUUCUUACAGAUCAUUAAAAUUUUAACCAAUGAACUGUCCGGUGUUUUUAACCCACUCUUUCCACAUCGUGAACGGCACAUGACAUAACAUCCAUUGUGACAUCACCAACCCUUUGGCCCUCAGCCUCCCUGUUUGACGACCUUCAGUUUGACCUGUGACCUUUUGCCCUUCACUAAGCCUUUUCUUCUUUCCUGUUGACUCCUGUGGCCUGAGGACCCCUGCAGCUGUCCUUCAUUGUGCCUGUUUGAGUCUCCAGAUGAGCUCCCUUACUGUAGGCCUCCUCGGGCGAGGAAGAGGAGGCAGACGGUAACGGGAGCGGGGCCUUGUGUCUGCAGGCAGAGCACGCUGGGAUACGGACGUACUACUUCAGCGCGGAGAGCCCGCAGGAGCAGGAGGACUGGGUGAAGGUCAUGAGCGAGGCGGCACGCGUCAUCGCCCCACCUGCGCAGAGGAACGAGAGCACCCCCCCGACUGGACGGAACAACGGCAUGGUGGCCAAGGGGGCGGAGCCUGUCUCCCGCGGGGAAGCGGACGGGCAGCGGACGGAGCUCCCGGAGGUCAAGCGCGAGGUCAACGGCGUGGGCGCCCAGGAGACUCCGCCCACUCCGCCCACCCCGCCCGCGUCCUCGGGCCCCGGGUCCGACUGCAGGGACGGGGACGACAGGGGCGGGGGGGACAGGGACAGGGACCGGGACCGGGACAGGGGCGGGACCCCCCAGCCCAACGGCUGGGCAAAUCACAGCACCCCCGCCCCCGGCCCGGCCCCGCCCCCGACCCAGGAGCCGCGGGAGGCGAAGGCGGGCGGGGAGAACGUGGUCCUGCGCAGGGGGUUCGUUCCCCGGACGCAGCCGGAGAGGCUGGCCCAGCGGAAGAGCUCUAUGACGCAGCUGCAGCAGUGGGUGAACCAGCGCAGGGGACCGGGCAUGCAGGACGACCUGCGCAGCCCGUCCCGCUAUUACACGGUGAGCAGGGGGGUCCCUGCGGACUACUACGGGCUGUACGGGGGCCCCCAGUACGUGGAGGAGUACCCGCUGUACCCCCCCGGGGUGCGGCCCGAGAGCAUCUGCUCGGUGUCGGGGGCCUUCGACAGGCCGCCCCCCCCUCGCUGGGCCUCGGAGGAGAGGCGGCGCUCGCUGCGGGACGGGUCCGCGUACCCGCCGUGGAUGAUGCACCCGCCGCCGCCGCCGCAGCCGCCACAGCACCCGGGCUACUACACCCAGCUGGACUCGGCCCAGAAUUCCAUGCGGCGCCUGUCGCUGCAGCCGCGCUCCCGCUCGGUGCCGCGGUCCCCCUCCGCCGGGUCCCAGGGGCCCUACUCCCCCGGGCCCCGAAACUACGCCUCCCCGAUGCGCUCGCCCAGCGCCCGCUUCGACCGCUGCGGGCCGGGCCGGAUGCGGGACGACGUCAUCUACGCCGAUCCUGCCGUCUAUGGUAUCCGGAGGUCCAUCAGCUCACCCAAGUACGAGUAUCCAGGCGACAGACGGUCCAUGAGCCCGGGAAUGUACCACUACAACUACCCCGCCUCCCCCUCUCUGCACGAUAAGAUGGAGGACAUUUUAGACCUACAGCUGCAGAGGAACCUGGAGUACCUGGACCAGCAGGUGUCAGAGGGAGAUCACCUGAUCAGCAUGGUCACCCGAUUGGUGGAGAAUUCCUCACCCAGAGCAAAGCUCUACUCGCAAGCACCCCCAUUCCAUGACCUCUACAGAGACUUGCACCCGGCGUUCAAGGCCAACGAGAUGGAGAUCAACAAACUCCUGGGGCGACUCUGUGAACAGAACAGGAUACUGAAGGAUCAGGAGGCUGUGGUGCACCGUCUGCGAGCAGACAAGGACAGCCUGGAGGGGGCGCUGGUGGCUACUCAUCAGGAGCUGGACCUUUACCGGGGUCAGUCCGCAGUGACUGACAAGCUUCAGCUGAAGAAAGAGACCCUGCAGAACCAGCUUAUCAACAUCCGGGGAGAGCUCUCUCAGGCAUCGAGUGCCCUGACCACCACCAGGAUGGAGUUUGAGGCGCUGGAGGACGAGGUCAACGCUGUCCACGGUGACCUCUGGGAGCAGCUGAAUGCUGGCGGGCAGAAUGAGCUGCUACAGAGACAUCUUCACAAGGAGUUCUGGAGGAUCCAGGAUGUGUUGGAGGGACUGCACAAGAACAACCCAUCACGGGGCACGGACACUGCCAAGCACAGAGUGACCAGUGGGGCCUCAGGCUCCUUCUGCACAAACAGCCCCGCCAGCCCGCUGAGCUCCGUCAGCCUCACCAGCCCCCUCAGCCCCUUCUCCCCCGUCUCCGGGUCCCAGGCGUCCCCCACCAAACCGGUGGGCCUGGAGGACGUUGGGCCCCCGCGGCCCCCUCUCCCUAAAUCCUACCUCCCCCUGGAAACGUGCCCCCCCAUGCCCCCGUCAGUGCCCCCCCUGCCCUAUGAGAGCAGUGCCUGGCUGCACGGCGUAGGCCUGCCGUCAGGCAGCUCGGAGGACGGCUACGGCAACGCCGGGGAGUCUCGCCGCCGACAGCACAAGUACAGUUUCCGCUCGGAGUCUUCGACGGGGGAGAAGACCAACAGCGGCGACCGCCUGGAGUCGGACCAAGAGCGCCAAACCAACACAAACAAAGUCGGCGUCGUCCCCCCCCGGACUAAGUCCCCCACGGAAGACACCUUCGAUGGGGUACCCCGCAGGAAUGGCAAGGUCCCCAAUGGACACAUCACCAGGGAGCGGCCGAAGAGCGCGGUGUUCCCCGCGGAGGUGAAGUCCAAAAUGAGCGUGGAGGAGCAGAACGAGAGGAUCAGGAGGAACCAGAGCAGCUCCAUGCGGGACAAGAGGCGGAGCCUAAACCUCUCCAACUCCGACAGCUUCAAGAGCACGACGAACUACAGAGUGGUUCGGCGGAGGCUGACGGCGCACGAGGUCGACAUCAAAGACCUGGAGGCGGCGGUGCGGGGGGAGGGGGUGGAGUCGCCGCGGGAAGAGAUCGCGCGGCUGAGGCGGCUACAGGGCGAUCCCGACAACUACAGCGCGGACAUCAGUAAAGAGCUGUCGGGACCCGACAUGGUCACGAUCCCUGAGCGCUAUUUGGACAUAGAGCCCAGCGUCCCCCUCAGCCCCGAGGAACAGCGCGAGAAAGAGAAGAAGGUGGAGAGGAUCAAGACGCUCAUCGCCAAAUCAAACAUGCAGAACGCGGUCCCGCUCCUGGACGGGCCCGUGGACCGGCACGCCGACCACGAGCAGAAGCUGCAGCUGGAGGAGAAGCGGAUCGAGAUCUCCUGCGCCCUGGCGGCCGAGGCGUCCCGCCGCAGCCGGCUCCUGUCCGCUCAGUGCGCCCCCAGCUCCACAGCCUCGCCCACCAGCCUGGCCCCCACCCCCUCUGCUGACCACGACUCCCCCCAGUUCAUGAAGGUGUGAGUCUGCGCAGCGUUUCAGGGUUUGGUUGCAGUGCAGCUCAAUGGGAUGCCAUUCUGAGAGCUUACAGAAGUAACAACACGAGAGACAGAUAUUGUUUUCUUUCCCCAAAGAGUAUAUUUUUUCAAUCUGUUAUUGUAUGACUGAAAGAAAGAUAAUAUAAACAUGUUUGGAGGUUAUUUUGGCUGUACUUACAAUACGACUUCAUCACAACCAACAAGGUGCUGAGGAUUCGAGAGUUCCAGUCUCCCACCAGCAGAGGGCGCUAUUUCAUCCUCCCAGCUCCUUGUGACCACACUGGCCCAACUUUAUCGCUCCCUGCUUUGACAGUCAAGGCCUUUUUUUCCCCUUCAGUCAAGGCCUUUCAUAGAUGCCCAGCCAUCGGGAAGAGAUAACACAAACUUGUCCUUUUGGUAUGAAGCGGUCGCAAGAUUUCUAAUGCUUAAAACUAGCCAAUGGAGGAUCUGUUUACAGCAGCCUGCCCGUUGUCCCGGUCACUGCGGCCGUGGUACGGGAUCCCAGCUCAGGGGUGGAAUUUGUGGAAGUCGGGUCAGAAAAAAGCUCCUGGCAUCACACACGAACAUGGAUUCUGGGGAAGAAUCUAGAAAGGCCUGUGGGCGGGGCUGACGUUGUACUAGCACCUGGAAGAUGGACGAUGCAAGCUGACCGAGGGUCUGGGGACGUGCGGACGUUUGUGGACGAGGCGAGACGGGAACCGGCUGGCGGUCUGAGCUGACAGUUGACGUGUUUUCGAAAGGACAGGACGGACAACGGUUGAGCGUCUCGGAAGCGAACGCGUGUUUUCUUGUGGCAGGUUCUUUUGUUUCAAACCCAAUAAACCGGAUCAAACCGGAUUAAACCGGAGUCCUGGAAUGGGCGGGAAAAUGGCCUCCCGGGCACCUGGCUUUUGACCCACCAUCAGAGUCGGGCAAAGGGUACCCCGAAAUUUCCAGGUACCCUCUUUGUGCUCAAACUCGCUGUGUUCUCCAGGAGUCCUGUGACCUGGAGACACGUUGUCCUCAGUUUCCCCACUGCAGGGCUUGCUGUGACCCCUCCUCCUCUUCCCCUGUUCUCACGGUCCACGCCCCCUCCCGCUACUGACUGCACUUACAGACUCUGAGCAAAUCAUAGCUGUCGACAGUUACACGUGUGUCUAACUUAAUCGUUACCUUAAAACUGUUGUAACUUUUCACAGUGUUUAUUUUAUUUUUUUUCCCCUGCUAGGACUUUUCCUUCAAUGGUACCUAUUACUCAUUUGUGUGUGGGGGAAAAAAAAAUUCAGAAAUAUUUAGAAACUGAAAUGAAGGGGUUUAAAAAAAGAAGAAAAGAAGUGACCUUAGAAUUGUGAGUCUGCUAGUGAAGGCGCCUGUCUCAGCGUGGGUCCAGCGGCUUGCGUCACGGUCAGGUGACCAACACUCAUCUCAGUGCUCUGUGUGAUUAUCCACAUACCCUGUGCAAACUUUAUAACCUUACCAUUCAGGGGUUUGUUUCCUUUUGCUGGGGGCAGUGGGGUUUGGUGGCACGUUUACUUUGCACACGUUUGAUAAUGAUGCACUACUACAGUUCAGAUUACCCGGCAAGACUUCGCCUCUUGCCAGUUUUUAGAUUGUUCCUGUCGAUAAAAAUGUAUAAUUUUAUAAACGCGCCAUGCUAUUUUUUUUUUUUUUUUACAUUAUCAGCACGCCAGCUGACGUCAUUGCAUCCCAUGACGCUCUGUCACACAUAUCAGACCAAAAUCAUGCAAGCUUUCCACUGUUCACCAAAACAAAAGCCAUGCCCUUUUUGACAGUUUCACCUCAUAUCCAUAUCAUGUCUUCAAAGCAUUUUUGGUUUUUUAAAUAUGCAUUUGUAGCUUAAGUAUACAUUUCAAUUAUACAAUGCAAUCUCACACCAAUACAGUCUGCCAUACAUUACCUUGUGGAGAGAUAAAGAGAAUGGCUCAAGAUGCUCUGAAGACAGGCCGCAUUCCAGACAAGCACAUUCCUCUCAUUCAUUUAUAAGUACACCUUAACCUUUCUCCACAAUGAAGGAUGGAGAACACGUAGUAGCUGAAUCUGAACCUCUUCACUUCAGCAACUUCCUGUCUGCUCACGUUUUUGGUUCAUCUCCAUGUUUGAAUUAUCUUUGCUUUGUUUUCAAUAAGGAAAAUCAGCACACUAGUGCUCCAGAAUAGCUUUACAGCUUCAGACUGUAUCUUCAGUUCAGCCAUGCUUGUUCUCUGGAGAAAAUCUUAAUCUCUCUCUCUCUCUUUCUCUCUGUCUCUCUCUCAUAAUAUGCUAGCACACAGAGAACGCAUUUUGUGUUUCUGUAUGUGAAAAUGUUAUCCUCAAGCUAAAAUGCAAGUGUAUUUAAGGGCAAGCAAGCAAGAAAUCAACACAUACAUAAUAAGAAUAAUAAAUACAAUGGAAAUAAUAUACUCAAAGCAGUUUAAAGACCCCUGCAUUGCAAAAGGAAGGUUUGGAGCAAAAGUUAUAUUUUUUAUUGUUUUUGUGAAAGGAUGAAUAAGUUUAACCCAAUACAGUAAUUAUUUUUUUUCAGGGAGGCAUGGGUAUUCUACCGAAAAUUAUCAGUUGAUUCCUAAAUGUGUGACUUAUGUUCUGCAUUCUCACUGGGCUCAUUAAAAGUUGAGGCGUAAAUGUUGUUAAUUUAUGACUAUAAAGGUCUGGUUGGAUGAAGAUGAUAAUUCUGAGACAUUGUUGGAGAAACAUAUGGAGAAAUGCAAAAACAAACAAAUGUCUUGGAUUAACAUACGGUUAAAUGUAGCAUAUAAUGCUGUGGGGCUGAAUCUUGAGUUGAACUAAUUGGUUGGUGUAAAUAUUUCUGUUGUAAACGAUAUCAUAACAUUACAUUUUAAGUGUUACAACUUGGGGAAGGGGGAGGGGGGGCACAUAAACUGCUUGAACUAUGCAAAAUGAAAUUAAUACACAAAAUUAAUAUGCUUGCAUUAGGAAUCUUUUGUCCAUGCAAUAAAGCGAAUGUAUACAAAUAAUUCCUGUCUUUUUGUUUAGACGCUUUUAGGAGAACUCAGCAGUAUUUUGUAAUGCAAUGAUGGCUCACUCAGACUUAUUGUUGUUACUGUCGUUAUUGUUAUUAGUAAAACAGUAUAUCAAAUAAACACUGCCAAAAAAUAUUAAUAUUCAAAAUGAACAUGGUCAUACGAUCCUGGGAGGCGUUGGAGCAGGUUAUGUUUUUCAAAUUUCUUCUAAAUUUUCAGCGUUAUUAAGUGAACUGAGAGGACUAAUCACACCGUGCGAUGGUCAGCUGGAUCACGUUUUCUGAUAGAUUCAGCUUUUCAGCCGGGUGGUUUCUGUCACAUUUUCUAGAGCUAACACAUUUGCCAAAAAAUAAACAAUUAAAAAAUAAUAUAAUAAAAUCCAUGUAUAAGGAUUAACCCCAAUAAUUUAUUUAAUGCUUGUGGAGGAAACAAGCUAAAGAGCACUAGGCUCCAGUGAUAUCUCUGCUUUCUGGCACCAGCAGAGGGUAUGAACCUGACCUGGAAGCAGAAAAAUCACAUGGUUUUAUAUCCCACAAUGACACACAUCAGUAUGAACAUCCGGUACAAAUUAUGGACGAGAGCCUUGCGAUUUACUGUAAACGUGAAGAGGCUGAUUACCGAGAACGCUGUGAUUGGUCCUCCAUGAUAGAAAUGACCAAAUUACGGAUGAUCAGACAUGGAUACUGCAACCCAGGGGCAGCUGAGCGACUGUCUGGCCUUUUUUUAAGAACGAGAAAAGGGCGUGUACCACACCGUGGUCCUCUCUUUGUAGAGCUCACGGCCCAGAGAGCUACAACUGUCAGAGCUGUCCAAUCCUACAGAGAUAAAUAGAGCUUACGUCUGGAAUACGAGGUGUUCUGUGCAGUUUCAAUACUAGCUUGUUUCACAGGGAAUAAUUCAAAACUAAUAAACUCUAUUUGGAGAAAUUA